AUGGACCAGGCCAUGUUGGACAACUCCGACUCUCAUCGCAGGCGGCAGCCAUUGGCCGAUGCGUCUAGCAGAAUUAAUUACACUAAAGCUUCCAAUGUUGAGACGCCUCGUGUGCGUAUUGAGAACCUGGACCAGCUCAAGACUCUAGACUGUACGUCCGUCAGUGCGAGCCCAACUCCCCAAGGAAACAAAGAGAACCAACGGCUAUCUGUAGCCACGGAUUUCCAGUCCGAGUCUGCCCGGAAUUCGGUCGUAUCGGCUGCAUCAAUCCUGUCCAACAAGGGCAAGAGAAAGACUCAUGUUGGACCAUGGCAACUGGGACGAACCUUGGGCAAAGGUGCCACUGGGCGUGUGCGCCUCGCCAAGCAUGCCCUGACAGGACAGACUGCUGCUAUCAAGAUUGUGUCCAAGAAGUCUGCGGCCAUGGUACAGAGCGAAAGUAUUGCAGCAAUGGACCGGACUGCCAGCACCUUUACUGGAUCCUCGAACACACGACAGAUGCCUUGCGGUAUUGAGCGAGAAGUGGUAAUCAUGAAAUUGAUUGAACAUCCUAAUGUGAUCAGCUUGUAUGACGUUUGGGAGAAUCGUGGAGAGCUGUAUCUUGUGCUGGAGUAUGUGGAAGGUGGCGAGCUUUUCGAUUAUGUCUCCAACCAUGGACCUCUGCCGGAAGAAGAGGCCGUGCGUCUGUUUCGCCAAAUCAUUGCUGGGCUUGGGUACUGCCAUCGAUUCAAUAUUUGCCAUCGAGAUUUGAAACCUGAGAACAUCCUUCUCGACGGGAAUCACAAUGUCAAGCUCGCCGAUUUCGGUAUGGCUGCGCUCCAGCCAGUGGGACAAUGGCUGAAUACUUCAUGCGGAAGUCCCCACUACGCAGCACCAGAGAUUAUCUACGGACGCAAAUAUCGUGGUGACAGGGCUGAUAUGUGGAGUUGUGGAAUUAUCCUGUUCGCUUUGUUGACAGGUUAUCUUCCUUUUGAUGGUGGUGACCUUGCGAAAACCCUGCGACUAGUCAAGAAGGGUGAAUAUAUGAUCCCUCCUGAGCUGAGUGACGAGGCUGCUCACCUCAUUCAAUGGAUUCUGCAAAAGCGCCCUGAGGAUCGUAUCACGAUGCAGCAAAUUUGGGAGCAUCCACUGCUCACCAAGUACGAGAAGCUUCACAAUGCGAUGGCCGACUACUACAUUGGCCCCCCUCCCCCAUUGUCCAUCAAGGAUUGUGGAGAGCCAGUAACUUCUCGUCAAGAUGUGGACUUUGACAUUCUGCGGAACCUUCAGACAUUGUGGCAUGAUGUGAAGCCUGAUGCUUUGAUUGAUCGACUGAUGUCUCUGGAACCAACCCACGAGCGUAUGUUCUACAAUGCUCUGGCAAAGUUCCGAGAUGAGCAACUUGAAAACUAUCAAGGGCAACCAUUGGAGUACUCAGCCAGUGAUUACCACCACAUCUCUCGGCCUGGCGACAGGGUCCGUCGGGGACGGAGCUCCUCUAAGAGACGAUCUCAAGUCUCCCUGGUCAGGGAUCUUCACCGUCGGAUGAGUUCGACAAAGGAACCCAAGUCUAGUGCAAGCAUCGAGAGCUACGACCCUUACAGAUCACCAAAGACCAGAACUUCGGCGAAGGAGGCGCAGUAUUCACAAAUCACAAUCCACAAAGCCCCUGAGAUUCCAGAGUGUGGGGAAGUCUCUCCAGUUGUGAAACCUCCGCCUUCCAUCGUCGAGGAGGAAGAGCCAGAGGAUAAUCGAGAUGCAGGCGGCUCACCGUUUACUGUCCUUCAGAAGCGGAAGCACAAGCCAAGCUCGAUGAGGUCCUUCCAGUCAUCCAAAGUGCACAACUCUAGCUCAAAAUACCCUGGCUUGUCCACUCGCUCGACCAGCUAUCGACGUAAUGUUUCAUUCCAGCACGUACGCAACAGAUCCCAGGGCUCUACCAAGCCAAAGCGAAGAAGAACUGGCACAAAUCAGCACUCUGAUCUCAAGCGUUCUCCCAGUGCAGCCAGCCUUCAAAUGAUUGCAGAUGGACUUGUUGUGCCGGAAAUCCCAAGCAGCCCUCCUCUUCCAGCGCAGCCAACUGUUGUCCGGCCCAGCGGUGCCAAGGCUAAGAGCCUAUCACGCGAGAGAAAGGCUUACCAGUCUGACAUUAUCUGGACAGAAGAUGCUCGCAAGGUAUCGAAUGAGCUUAGCAAGAUUUGCGAGGAAGCAUUCAAUGGUAGCUCUCUUACGACCAUGCGUGUUUCCAGCUCUGCAACAGGGUAUGAAACACCUGCAACCCCAGUAUCGGCUUCGAGUCCGAAGCAGAGACCGACAAUUCCAGUGAUUCAACCAUUGGCGACUCCAAAGGGAGCGCCAACUGAGUCGGGCCGUUCAUACAGCAUCCAAGAGCUCACCGAGACCCGUCGGAAACUAGUUGAACACAGCAAAGGUGGCAGUGACACCAUCCCAGCAUAUCUGUCUGGUGUUAUUGGACACCUUGAUCGCUUGAUCGAAGAGGAUCAGAGCCAUGAUCAAUCACGGCGUAAUAUGGAGGAAAGCACGUCGACCCUCGUGGAUCCUUUCUACGGGGGAACUGAAGAUACAUCCCUCCCAGUGAUUAAUGAAGAAUUUGCAAGCCCGAUCCGCGCUCCGAGCGAGUACAGUCCGAUGCCCAAGCUGCAGAAGAAGAGAGGACCGCCUGCUGCAAAGGCCCGUGCUAAUGAUGCCAAACAAACCAUUCGAAUGGUUCCACACAGCUCACUAAGAUCGCUUGAAGAAGUCAAACCAUUGAUGAUUCGCAAGAAAGUCCAGAUCACUGAUUCGGACGCCGUCAAUAGCGAUUCUGCGGAGGCCACACGGAACUUCUCUCAGAGCUCUCGUCAGAGUCGCCAUCCUGGUGGACUGGACCCAAUUGAGGAAGUCCCGGUCUCUCCAAAGAAAACGACAGACAGCAAGAAGUGGUCAUGGUUCAAGCAUCGACCACAGGUCUCCGAAAACCCACUAUCCCUACCGGUCAAGGACUUCAAGCCCAUCAAUCCAUACAAUGGAACAGCGAUUGUGAAUCCUCCCCAGGACCUUUCCCAGCCAGAGACCGUAUUGCCUAUCAAGGUUCCUCUUGAACAGAAAGUCCCAACUCGCAAAUCAUCCAUGGAACGCUUUGGCGGUGGCUUCCUGAAAAAGCUUAUGCCGAAGAAGUCAAAUAAGUCCCUGUCCCAACCAGAGACGGACCUUGAAAAGCCGAAGGCCCGAAAUUCUGCAAUGCUCUGCAACGGACUCCCGGAUACGGAAAGCUCGUUCGACUCCGUCAGCGCCCUGAAUCCUCCUCGAAACAAGCGACUCUCGCUUGCAAAUCAGAACUGGUUUGCCCGCGUCUUCCAGAUCAAGCCAGCAUCUCGAGUGAUUGCCCUUAACACGUCCAAAGUUAAGGGCCGCAAAGAACUGUACAAGAUGUUGCGUGAGUGGAAGGAGUAUGGUAUGGAGAACGUAUACAUGGACAAGACUAACAGUGUUGUUCACGGCCGCGUCAGCGAAGUCAACUUUCUCCGCCUCAGGGAGGUCGAGUUCAUCGCCGAGUUCUAUACUGUACUUGAGCAUGGCCGCCAAGCCAAUCUGAGCCUUGUCCGAUUCAAGCAGGAACGUGGCGCCGCCUCUUCCUUCAACAAGGUGGUCGACACUGUUCACAUGAUGUUGCAGAACCGUGGCUUGGUUGUCGAGGAUCCUGUCCGAGCAAAGAAGAUGGCUCGCAUUCUGGACACUGUCCCCAGCUCACCGUGA